AACAUUCAAAACAUGGCAGCGAGCGAGACGGAGGCGGUCGAGGAGGCACCGGCGUUGACGUUUAUUGGAUACGGGGCCUUUGGAGAGGACACGCUGCGUGUGCGCAUGCCGACAAUCUUGACCAAGGCGAUUGACUUUAUGUACCGGCGCCUGCAUGCGCCUGACGCGAGCACGGCGACCGAUGACGAGGAGGCCAGCGCGCGCCGUGCCAUUGGCAUCUUGAGUAAGCUCAAAUAUGAGAUGCAGACUGGCAAACCCAUGCCUCCCAUUGAAGAUGGAGCUUCGGACCAAGCCGCCUGGAAUCAAGCUUUGAAGGAGGCAAUGGGCCCCGAAGGCGAACCUCCGCGGUGGUGGCAUGCACCCUGGCUGCUGUCAGAGUGCUACAUGUAUCGUCGUAUCCACCAGGCGUGUGCCCAGGCGCCGCUGCUGGCUGACAUGGACGUCUUUCAGGAAGCCAAGGACGAUGCGUUUGCCUGCUCGAUGGAGAGCAUGGAAGCUUUGGGCGCGUUUACCCUUCGUGCGGUGGAUCCAGAGGCGCUGGCUGACCAGGCGUCGCGCCGGAACGCCUUCGAAGUGAUGCUGCAGUUUUCCUUGUGGGGCAACAAAAGUGACUUAUCGCUCAUGGCUGAGUUCGACGGUCGCACCUCCCUGUCACAUCUUCAGGCGGGUUCAGAGGCUCAUUUACAGGAGCUGCGCUCUUUCAUCCUGCAAAAUGACUUUGAGGACGUCUGGGACCGCUUGUCGACUCUAGCGGGCGCUCGGAUCGAUGUGGUGCUGGACAAUAGUGGCUUUGAGCUUUUCACAGACUUGUGCUUGGCACAUUGGAUGACAGCGGGGGGCUAUGCGAGCACAGUUCACUUCCAUGGCAAAGCCAUGCCGUGGUUUGUAAGCGACGUGACAGAAUCAGACCUUGUCUGGACGUUGAACGAGCUCGGGCGCCAGCCAGCCGGAUCUGCAUUGCAGUGCUUGGCCCUUCAGUGGAAACGUUUCAUUCGAGAUGGAACCUGGCAAUUUUCCGCGGCCGAUGGUCAGACUGAGCCCUUUGUUAUGAUCUGGCAUGAUCAGAGCCUUGCAAAGUCGCUUCGUGACACGGCUGGUCAGGGCAUGACGGGUCGUAGGGAUGAAUUUUGGACGUAUCCGCAUGCUUUUCACCAAAUGGCCGAGGUUCGUCCACAGCUCUACAGUGAUCUGGGCCAAAGCCAGCUGAUCCUGUUCAAGGGGGAUCUCAACUAUCGCAAGCUGGUGGGGGACCGGGCCUGGUCACCGACGACGCCCUUUUCGAAAGCACUACAAGGGUUUUGCCCGGCCCCGUUGUGUGCGCUGCGCGCACUCAAGUGCAACACGGUGGCUGGUCUCACAGCCGACAAGGUUGACGAGGCACAAGCCCAGGAACCCAACUUUAUGACUAUCGGUCGCUUCGCGGUUGUGCAGUUCUUUGAUCCAAGCAAGGCGUCGGACUGUGCCUAGCCAUCAUCGGUUCAACCAAAUCUGGGAUGCUUCCCCAAAAAAAACGAUGAGGCGAUUUGUGAAUUGAUCAACACUCGUUU